AACAACACUGGGAAUUUUAUACAACAACAACAAUGACUUCAACACAUCAAGUAUCUGAUCUGAGGAUCAUUCUAUUGGGUAAAACUGGAUCUGGAAAGAGUGCAACAGGAAACACCAUCCUGGGCAGAGACGCAUUUGAAGUGACAGAUUUUGUAAAAUCAACCAAUAAAAUGUGUGAGAAACAAGAAGCAUCGGUGAGUGGAAGGACCAUCUCAGUGAUUGACACUCCAGGACUGUUUAAUACAUUAAUGACAGAAGAUCAGCUGAAGGCUGAAAUAACGGAGUGUAUGCAUAUGAAUAUUUCUGAUUCUGGUCCUCAUGUGUUUCUGCUGGUGAUCAAACUGGGAGUGAGAUUCACGAAAGAGGAGAGGGACACUGUGCAGUGGAUUGAGAAGAACUUUGGAAAAGAUGCUUCAAACUACACAAUCAUUCUGUUCACUCACAUUGAUCUGCUAAAGGGGAAAUCUUUACAUGAGUACAUCAGGAAAAGCAACUAUUUACCAAAAAUAGUUGACAGUUGUGGUGGCAGAUAUCACUCAUUCAACAAUGAGGACAAAAGCAAUCAAGGUCAGGUCACAGAACUGUUUAAAAAGAUUGAUACAAUGAUGAAGAAACAUGGAAUGAGGCAUUACACACCAGAGAUGUUUAGAAAGGCUCAGUCACAAACUGUUCAUGGAAUAUCAGGGAAGAUUAUAGCAGUAUGUGCUGUAGCAGUAGUAGCAGCAUUUUUAGCAACUCUAUGUGUAGGAAAACCAAAAAUACUUUCAGGAAAAGAAACAGCAUUAUUAAUUGGAAUGCCAGGUCAUAUAACAGCAGCAGCAGGAGGUGCCGCAGCAGCAGCAGGAGGUGUGGCUGCAGGAGGAGCUGCAGCAGCAGGAGGUGUGGCUGCAGGAGGAGGUGCAGCAGCAGGAGGUGUGGCUGCAGGAGGAAUAGCAGCAGCAGGAGGUGUGGCUGCAGGAGGAGGUGCAGCAGCAGGAGGUGUGGCUGCAGGAGGAGCAGCAGGAGGAGCAGCAGCAGGAGGUGUGGCUGCAGGAGGAGGUGCAGCAGCAGCAGGAGGAGCAGCAGCAGCAGGAGGUGUGGCUGCAGGAGGAGGAGCAGCAGCAGGAGGUAUGGCUGCAGGAGGAGGUGCAGCAGCAGGAGGGGCCACUGCAGGAGGUGCCGCAGCAGGAGGUGUGGCUGCAGGAGGAGCAGCAGGAGCCGCAGCAGCAGGAGGAGGAGCAGCAGGAGGAGGAGCAGCAGCAGGAAGUGCUGCAGUAGGGGGAGGAGCAGCAGUAACAGUAGUAGCAGCAGCUGGAACUACUGCCAAAGAAAUUGCAGAAGGAGAAACAGUAGUAGCAGCUCAAAGAGCAAUGACAAGUGUAAUGACGUUAGCAGCAGCAACUGCAGCCAGAAAUGCUGCUGAUGCAGGGAGAGUAACCACGUCAUGGAGAGUAGCAGCAGUAGCUGCAUUAGCAGCAGCAGCAACAGGAGCAGCUGUAACAUUAAUAUCAGCACUAAAUCUGUUCACAGGUCUAACUAACCUACCAACCCGUGUUCGUACCUGGGUCACUAUUUCAGACACAUUGGGGGGUGCACUGGAAAUGGACAAUGUGCUGGUGGAUCUCAACUGCUCUUUAGCACCGGGCAUUGUAUCAGCCGCUUUCCAGGAUCCAUUACACUCUCCUGUUCUCCUGCAUCUAAUUGCCCAUCCACCGAAUUAUCUGUGUCAGGUAAUGAAGCCACCCACUCAGCAGUACGCUCUGUUUCAGGAAGGUCUCUCCCCAGUGCAGAAUUCGGUGUCAAAGCUUCAUCUGACUGCUCCUGGCUGGUGUCUUGCUCACUACGCAGCGCUUACAGCACCUGACAUGAUCUCUGACAUCUCGCUCCAUGCCUACCCAAAAGAAUCUUUCCCUGGUCAAGUGAAGUGUUCUGGCCUGGCCCUGAUGACCAGCAUUGUCAUGUACUCCCUGCAGGACUUGUUGGACUCGGCCAUCGAACCCGCGGAGUUCUCCAUGCACCGUGCGGAUGGAGUGAAAGACCUCUCCGAUCUGAGGAUUGUGCUGCUGGGUAAAACUGGAUCAGGGAAGAGUGCAACUGGAAACACCAUCCUGGGAAAAACUGCAUUUAAUGUGAAAUGUUCUCUGAAGCCAGCUACAAAGGAAUGUGAGAAAGAAGAAACUAAGUUGGAUGGACAGAAUAUAUCCGUUAUUGACUGUCCAGGUCUAUUUGAGGAUACAGACUUUGCAAAAACACAGCAGCAUUUAACAGCGUGUAUGGAGAUGUCAGCUCCUGGUCCUCAUGUGUUCCUGCUGGUGAUGAAACUGGGAGUGAAAUUCACAGGGGAGGAGAAAAAUGUUGUGAAAUGGGUUCAGGAGAACUUUGGAGAAAAAGCCGAAUGUUUCACCAUCAUUCUGUUCACUCAUGCUGAUGUGCUGAGUGAUAAACCUGUAGAGAUGUAUAUCAGUAAAAGCAAUGAUCUAAAGCAGAUGAUUAAGACCUGUUGGGGCAGAUAUCACUCAUUCAACAAUGAGAACAGAAAUAAUCAAGAUCAGGUCAGAGAGCUGAUACAAAUGAUAAACACAAUGAUACAUUUUAAUGGAGAAACAUACUACACUAAUGAAAUGUUUAAAGAAGCCCAAGAAAAGAUGAAGAUGCCAAAAGAUGCUGGAAAGAAAAGACUAACAACAUCAGCGACAGAGAAACAGUGAGAUCAGAAGAAAUGUUUUAUAAUAAUCAGAUCUCUAAUUGUUUUAUAAUCGAUCAUAUAUAGAGACACAGCUAUGUCUACAUGUAGACUCUUUCAAGGAAAUAAAAUUACAUUUAUGAUUUUCAGUCAGCUAAUCAAGAAUAUUUCAAAGAGAUUUGUAUCAGAUCAUCGUCUAAUGCCAAAGGAAUUAUUUGUAUUGUGUAGCUUCAAAGUUUACUCAGCAGAUUUAUUCGAAAACACUCACAUGACUAAUAGGGCUACAACAGAAAUAAUAUAUAUCUUAUACACCCCCACCCCACCUUUUAUUCUCUUUUUGUACUUUAGAUCAUUUGUUUUCUUGUUUGUGUCUACAAAAUAGAAUAACAGAUACCCUCUUCACUAAUAGAAUCUUCUUCUAUUUUCUAACUGUACACUAUUUAAAUCUAUUAGUUAUUUUAUCACUAGUUUUGAAGUGUUAUAUAUUUUGUUGUUCCCUUCUAAAGAAAAUAAUAUGCAUUUCAAUGUCUCG